AUGGAUGGAUAUGGUAUUCCUUAUGAAGUUUUACUUGUUCCACAGGGUGGCAUCGCUCUUCCACAGCUCAACCAAACAAACGGCGACGGAAACUACGGAUUAUUUUUAGUAAUUAGCCAAGUUUCAUAUAAUUUCGGCGAUCAAUGGCGUAGUGCUCUCACCCAAGAUCAGUGGAAUGCAAUGUACGACUAUCAAACUGUCUAUGGUGUUCGAAUGAUUCAUAUAAAUGCAUACCCGAGCAGUCAAUUCGGUACCGAGGCAUUGGGUGGAUGCUGCAGUGCUGGUGAUGACCAAACCGUAACCGUGGACAAGAACGUAGCUGCUGAACAGUUCCCUACCGCGGGUCUGAAGUUUCCUGCAAUAAAAAUGACAGGCUUGUGGCACUAUCCUGUCAAAGUUACGGAUUCAGGCAGCACUAUCUCCUUCAUGACCUUCGGUCCGAAUUCACAGUAUACAAGUACAAGUAGCGGCGGUGUUAUCAACACUUUCAGUAAUGGGAGACAGCAGAUGGUUUUCUUUACCAGCUUCGGGACAUGGAGUGCCGUCAGUAAUUACCUGAAUCACGUCUGGAUUAACUGGGGCCUCUUCGGAUUGUUCGCAGGUUAUAGAAGAGUACUGUUCAAUAGUCAAAUCGAUGAUCUCUUCUUACAUUCUGCGAUAUACGGUACCGAUGGUGGAACAUUCAGACUCCGCCCUUCCGACGUUACAGAGCAUCUAAACUGGCAAGCCGACUUAAAUACUCGGCUUGUAUCUGGGGGUAACGCUGGAAGUAACUAUUUCAUUGAAUUUGCCUUUAACGGGAACGGCAAUUUUAUUUACACCCAAACGAUCGGUGUUGGUAAAACAUGUGCGAAUCCUAUAGGUUUUGUCCGAGGUGAGGAAGUUACGCCUCUCGAAUACCAGAAGAUUUUGGGCACUGGAACGGAUAUGUGGCCGCCGAACUCUACAUUUACUUGGACCCUAGCUUGUAUGAAGAAAGAUCCUUUGGUUCUCCAAUUCAUGGACAAAACUUAUCGAGAUGCCUUUGGGCUGAUGUCCCACACAUUCACUCACCUGGGCGAGAAUCCAAUUACCUAUGACGAUGCUUAUAGAGAAAUCACUUUUAAUCAAAACUUCGCCAAGCUAGCCACUUUCACAUCGGCUGCUAAAUGGUCAGGGAAGGGUCUUGUUCCUCCAGCAAUUACUGGUCUCCAUAACGGUGAUGCUCUUCGGGCCUGGUCAACGGCAGGGCUUACCAGCUGUGUUGGUGAUAACACCCGUCCGCCAUUAAUCAGCCCCUUCAACCUCUACUGGCCAUUCAUUACAAAUAUGUCGAGCAAUGGAUUUGAUAGAUUCAACGUCAUACCCCGGUUCGCCACUAGAAUCUACUUUAACUGCGAUACUGCUAAUUGUACAUUGCAAGAAUGGAUCGAUACGUCCGCUGGUAAGGGCGACAUCUUUGACCUUCUCAACUUGGAACGUGAAUCUACAGCGAAGAAUCUUUUAGCAUUGCGUCAGGACCCAUACAUGUUCCAUCAAGCAAAUCUUCGCUGGUAUGAUGUGGACCAGCUCACAAUCAACGGAAACACAAAAAGAUAUAGCUUAUUGGAAAUGUGGGUCGAAAGUGUCCUCGAUGAGUUCGUUCAAUACGUCAACUGGCCAAUUAUCACCAAAAAGCAUGACGAUAUGGCGACUGCUUUCAUGAAUCGUAUGGCCCGGGAUCAGUGUCAGUACAACAUAAGUUGGAAUACUGCAGCCGACCAAAAGAGCAUUAUUGGUUUUAAUGUUGGUUGUCAGACCGGGAACAAGUGCAAUGUCCCAAUUCCGGUUACUAUUCCUAUUGGAAACAGCAUCACGAAUGUUGGGUCCUUCAAGACUGAGCAGAUUGGAAACGACCCAUUGACGCUUUGGGUUACGCUCACUGGUGGUAUUAAGACUUUUACCUUAACCACGCCUAUAAAGUUAACCGCUGCUGGCGGUGCGGGACUCAAGGUCUCCAGCUCGAGUAAGGCUUCAUCUACGACUAAACCCACCAGCACAUCUGCAUCUAGCAAACCUAACUCAUCAGGAGCCUCAAGUGGAGCGGCUACAACAACAACCACUUCAAUGAUGGCUACUACCGCCGCUUCAGCACCUUCUACGUCCAUUACGAUGCGUACUAACACCUUCGUAACUAGCACAUCUCCAGCCACCACAAGCUCUCCACUUGAUCCUGCUACUGUCGAUUCCUCAGGCACUGGUGGUUCAUCGAGUACUGACUUAGCGGAUCAGAGUUCAGCCCCGUCAGUUACUGAUGCAGCAGUGAGUGAUAGUGGCGAUGAUGCUGUCACAGCGAAUGUUCAAGCUUCUGCGUCGGAUGUUAGUCCAACGAAUAAGCAUAGAAGGAGGGACAAGCAGAUUCAUAUUAGACACAGGGGGAGAAGACACUCUAAGUUUUAA